CGUGAUCACAUGCUUUGAACAGUGACCACAUUGAUGUCAAGCAGACACGACGGAAGAAGGCGUGAGCGCAGCUGGGAAAGAGAUGAUAGGGAUCGUGAACGGGGCAAGGAUCGCCAUUCACGGGGCGGCAGAGCUGGAGGUCAAAGGGAUGGCGGUCGUAAGCGAGACAGUAGGUCCCGUAGUCCAAGGAGGGACAGGCGAGAUCAUGACAGGGACCACAGAGAUCGAGACUUUACCAGCUCGCGAAGAGAAGACUACGACCGAGAUGGCCGCCGAGACGACAGACGGCCUGACAGGCGUGAUGAAAGACGCGAGCCUCCCCCCACUCGAGACAAGGAGCCAAGAGACAAGGACUCGAAAAAUCGACGUGACCACAGACAACAAGUUGGCAGGCAUGAUGCAGAGAGGCUUCCAGAAAAGCCUACUCAAGCUAGAACUCCACCACCUCCAGCCCCGUCUGCUGAUGCAGGUCCCUCCUCUUCUCAAAGGAGACCGAACCUUGACCCAGAUGCCCUAUCUGAAGAAGGGGAGGCCAUGGAUGCCACCAACGCUGAUGAAGAGGGUAUGAUGGCUGCAAUGGGGCUCAAAGGUUUUGGUACGACGAAGGGCAAGCACGUCGAGGGCAAUCAAGAAGGCUUCGUCGAUAUCAAGAAGAUAAGGACAUGGCGUCAGUACAUGAAUCGUCGCGGAGGAUUCAACAGGCCGCUGGAUAAAGUCAAGUGAGUAGCUUAGCUGAAGCUCGCCGCAAGAUAAGUUGCAUUUCCUCCAAAUUUCCUCGCUUGUGAGACAGCUUUCACUUCGAUGCAGUAUGCCCCA